AUGCCGGACACAGACACUCGCAGCGAAUCUGGGUCAACCGCACUUAUGUCGGCCAAGGAACUCUUCGUAAAGGCUUUGAUGGCUCUGAACUCAGAAAUUGCAAGCGAGGACAUCAGCCGCGAUGAGCUGGACGACAUAGACGUGCUCCUGUGGUCUGCCAACGCCUCGAUCAAGCGCGCCAUCAAAUCCUCUGUCACAAAAGCCAUGAAUGCGCUUUGUUUUGUGAACCGUCUUCCGCCGGAGCUCCUCCGCAUUGUGUUCCGCCAGUGUGUCCGGCCGACCACACUACCUGGCCUCGCACAGAGAGGGAAGACGCAGAGCUUUGGAUGGACCCACACGCAUAUGUGGGUGUCUGACGUCUUGAAACUCACCCACAUCUGUCGGCGAUGGCGAGAAAUCGUCUUCCUAUCGCCCCAUAUGUGGACGUCGAUCCGGGACGUCCACGUUGAAGAGACGAAGGCGUUUCUCAAGCGUGCACAGGACCUCCCGUUACAAGUGACCAUCUCUGCAUGUCCCCCCUGGCUCUUGAACGUCUUUGCAAAACGCAGCGAGUCAAUCCGCGCAUUGCAUUGGGUCUCACCUACGCGUAACACCGUUGCAGAGGCCCUAUCGGACAUCCAGGCACCAAAUGUUGAGCAGCUCUCGCUCUUCAGGGGCCCCAAUGGUGCGGUCUAUUCCGAUACGGUCAUACUGAAUGGUGCUACGCAAAAUGUGAAAAUGUUGUCGAUGAACGACCUCGGGUGGUAUCCGACAAACCGGUUCCCAGCGCUCACACACCUCGUCAUAUCGGCCAGGGAACUGCAGGCGCACAAGUUCCGGACAUUCCUGUCCCGCUGCCCGAACCUCGCUGUCCUCGUCAUACAAUCUUCUUCGACGUGUAACAUUCGUGCACCACCUGCACAGCUGCCAGCGGUGCCCUAUCUGAGCCACCUGCGCAAGGUUUCGCUUCACACACGCUUAGUCAACCUCCUGCCCAUCCUCCCAAUCAACCGUGCCUGCACCACUAUCGAGCUUACCAAGGACGUGUUCAGAAGCCCCCGUGGAUUCGUCAACCGCCUCCUAGCCCACCCUGACUACGCGCGGCAACCUCUAUUCCGUCUCUACCUCAAGGACACCUCCGAAACGGAGUCGCCGGACGAAUGGAAUUCGCUCAUGCUGACGAACGGCACCGGCGGGAUCUGCUUCAAGAGCACAUCCGGUCUGAGCACACAGACCGCUUCCCUUUUCGUGCGAUAUGGGGAUCUCGACAACGUCACUGAACUCUGGGUCGACAACGUCGAUGUCAACGUGUUUAGACUGUGCACCGUCAUCCGCCCCGGCCUGCUCAAUUUGCGUACGCUCAGCGUCCUGCGCGCCGACCACGCGAACAGCACGUCCGCGCUCUCAAUGCUCGUCCAGUACGCUCGCAUGGAGGCGAAAGGGACCACGGGCGCACUGCUAGCACCUCCGGCGCUGCGCCUCGUGCUCGAGAAUGGCGCGGACUUGGACGCGCGCAAGGCUACGAUGCUCGCAAUACUUGGCGGGGCCGAUGCACCUCUGCGGUGGGAGAAGAAGGACCGGCGGUUGAUUCUCCGCGCGCGACAGUUCUCCCCCGAGUACUACACCGCAAUCGUGCCUCGGUUGUUGACACGGUGGGAGUCGGUGGAAACGGAAGCGGGCAGCGGCGGAGACGAUGCGCUGCCUGUGACUCGCGCAGAUGAUGGUUUCACGGCCUGGGAGGAAGAAGCUUGA